AUGUCCCAGGCUGGUGGCAACGUCUCUACGAAGGACACAAGGCCGGGCUCCGAGGCCCACUCGCGCAGCCCAAGCCGCGGCAGCCACAGGGUCGACUGCAUCAUCUGCUACUCCUCCUACGACCUGAGCAGCCGGCUGCCGCGGCGCCUCUAUUGCGGCCAUACCUUCUGCCAGGCCUGCCUCAAGCGCCUCGAUGCCAUCGCCAACGAGCAGCGCUGGAUCCCCUGCCCGCAGUGCCGCCAAAACACGCCCACCCCGCGCGGCGGAGUGGCCAUGCUUGACUUGGACCUGGCGACUUUCCUCGCCAUUAAGGCUGACAAGGAGCACCCCCGCGUGGCCGGCAGGCCCGAGCCCGACUUGGCCACCAAAGGGUCACGUAAAGAGAAGGUUGUCACCCAGCAGCCGGCGGGGCUGUGCCAAGACCCAGUGCCCCAGGCGGCAUUUCCGCAAAGCGGCUGCUGCCGGCGAUGCCUUUGCUGCGGGGUGACCGCUGCCUUUGAGAGCUGA